UCAAAUAAUGAAUACUCAGAAUAAAAGUAAUUCAAUAAAGGGCCUUGUGCCAGGAGCCCUUGGCUGCCCAGCAAAGGAAUUUGGUGGUGGUGAGAAGACAGUGGGUGAACUUGGCAGUCCUCAGAAGUUUCUCUACUGGCAAUUUCCCAAUUGGAAGACCAACAAGAAGACUGUCAUGGUUCCUCCCGCCUACAAACCCACUGAAUCAGGCUACACAAUUUCAAAAGAUGGCAAAUAUGCUGAUGAAGAUGACGUCAAUAUAAGAGGAAGACAAGGAGAGAAACUUGUGUACGAUCAUCUGCAAAAAAAUGGCCGAGCAAAGAACCUGGGCAUGUUUGUCAUUCAUGGAUUUGACCUUACAGAGAUUACCAAGUGGAAUAAACGAUGCAAAAGUGAAGAUUCCGUGCCUAAGUCAGAUAAAGUACCUAAAACAGGUGAAAGCGACUUUGUCAUCUUUCACCAUAAAAAAGGCGUCAUUCUACUCGAGGUUAAGAGUUUGAAGAAGUCUGAGAAAGAAUUUCUAGGAUCUAAAAUCAUUGAGGCUAAAGACCAACUGGAUAGAACCAGGACAGUUGUUGAAGCUUUCGCUGUAGUGAACAAUUCCAGCGAUGAACAAUCUGAUCGCUUGGAGCCACCUCCAGUGAUGAUGGUUAUUGCUCUUCCUUCCACGAAGAGAGGUAGUCCACAUGCUCACGUGGAUGACACUUUAUUAAUGUAUGAGGAAGAUCUUGCAAGUCCGGAGAGCUUUUCAAAAUGGUGGUAUGACAACAUUGAAUCACCUCCCUGGAUGGCCUCCACCCCAGACAUCACCAACAAGGCCUAUGAAUUGGCCUUAUCAAGAAUCUUAGCUGUACGACAUCUUGGCCCUGUAACUGAGUCUGAAUACACAGCUGACAUAAGCUAUACCUUAGACACCUUCAAGCAUCUGGGAAACUUGGCUAGUGGACGCUUCCGCAGGAUCAAGGAAGUUGAACACCCCCAUCUCUUUCGCUGGUGCAAGUACAUGAUGUCUCAGGUCAAUCUACCUAUUGCCAAAGUUUCAUUCAAAGAAGCUUUGCACACCCUUAACAGCGUCAAUGUUACUGCUUGUAAGGCAAACCUUUUGAAGGUUCUUAAUGACCAUCUUUCUGAUAAAAAGUUCCUUCUGGGGAACAAGAUGGCCGGUGAAGACACAAAGAUAUUCCAGUACCUUUGGACAGUGUACAUCAUUGACAUUGACAGCAUAACCAGAUUCAUGAAUAGAGUUACUGAUGCAAAGAAGAAAGAUAUAAUAGUUGACACGGCCAAAACUCUGACAGACCUAGGUUUAGCCAAAGCAGAUAAUGUUACCGGACUAAAUGAGCUCUCGAAGUUAUUAGACAAAAGCCAAAGUGGAUUUCUAGAAGGGGAAAGCUGCACAAAUCUGGACAGAGAACUGUGUGAAAACCUGGCCGGAGGAAAUGUCAGGAUUCUGGCCCUUCCUCUCAAGAAGCGAUGGGCACCCGUGUUUACAAUGGAUCAGCUUGCCGCGUUUGAUGGACCAAAGAAACAGCUUAUCAUCGGUGGGCCAGGGAGUGGGAAGACAGAGUUGAUGAAGGCCAAGGCUCUCAUACUCGCAGAGAAGUUGCCACCUGGAAAAAAGAUUUUAUACUUGAUCCACUGUGACAGGAAAAACGUCUUUCCUAAUGUCAUGAGAAAAUUUUUCAACGAUAACAACGAUAACAACGAUAACAAGGAGAUGUGUGUGGAUGUACUGACAGUUGAGUUAGAGGGGGAACAUCGCAAGGCCUUUGAAGACCAGCAAGCUCAGUUAAAAUGGGAAACAUACAGCCAUGUUUUCAUUGACGAGCUAUGGAUUGGUUCAAAGAUCAGAUACGAAAUGCAGCAGGACGGUAAUAUGAAUGUAAUCGACGAGCUAACAAUUCCCAAACAAGCAUUAGAGAGCAUUGAGGGCUAUGUUUGGAUGACCUCUGUCUUUGACUUUAAGAAAGAGUGUUUUGAGAAAAUCAGCAAAGAAGAAAUCACAGAAGUGUUAACCUUGCAGAGACUGGAAGGGAAAAAGAAUUUGCUUUACAAAAAGCUCAGUACACCAUCUCUUCUGGAGGUUCUGGAAAAAAAAGGUGGAGUCAUAAGUAGGAUCAGGCACCCUUUGAGGAGUGUGAACAACAUUGUAAGGCUGCUACAAGACUACAGUUCCUUGUAUCGUGAGAGAAGUUUUCCUUAUGGUGUAGAGAACAUGCUCAAUCACAAUGUGGAUGGGCAGGAAAUCACCUGGAUUGCUGUCCAACCAGAGGGAAAUGAUGUCUCACCAGAGAGAGCACAACAUGCUGGACAUUCACAUGUGGACAGGGAUCAUCUUACAAUGCUAAUGUACAACAAAUGCGUGCAAGUCAUUGAACAAGUUAUCUGGUUCAAUCGUGACCUUCGUCCACCUUUAUUGAUGAAAACAAGCAAGAGUCAGUUAAAGCUACAGCUUAAUCCUGAUGAUAUUCUGGUGGUCAAUUUUGUUGCACGCUAUCAGUCCAAACAUAGUUUAGCUGGUGGUCUCAGCUUGGAAAACAUUCCUGUCUGUGACCUGAAUGACCAAAGAGCAUCUUCAGCUGAGGAUGAAUUUCUUGACAGGUUACGUGGUGGAGUGUGUCUCUUGAAUUCAAAGUCAAGAAAGGAUUCAGCUUGCCUUGAUGGUGCAGAGUGGCCCAUGGUAAUUGUGCUUCUGACACCUGAACUUCUGUUAGGUGAUGGGAAUUCUGGGUUUGAACCUGUUCGUAACUAUGAUCCGUACAUAGCCAUGUUCCGUGCUCAGGCGAAACUUGUUGUGAUAUCAGACUCAUGGAGGUCAUCCCGUGACUUCCUCAACACAGUCAAAGAAAAAAAAGCCUAGGUAACUUGGAAUCAAAAAUGAGGCCCUGCUUUCCUAGCUGGUAAUUUUUGAGCUGAAAAAAUUAUAUGAGUCACAUGAAGGAGCAAUUUUCCCUGUUAGUUUUUCAGUCAUUGUCAAAUGCCAUCUACAAAUGGGCAAUGUGAGAGGUACACUCCCUCUGCCCCCAUGUACCCUGACAAGAUUUUCUUAUUUUUCAGAUAUUUUUUGUUAAAUCUUGUUUGAGCUUAUGUAAAGUGGUCUCAAAUAGGGGGGAAGCUGCAGUCUUAUAACCUUGCUUUGCCCCUUCCCCCCUUAUUUAGUUUCAGUAGGAUUGCUUGCCAAGUAAGUAACAUAAUGACAGGCAACUGAACGAUGUAAAUGUAGUUCAGUUUAAUCAGUUUGGAUUGUCAAUUUAAGAUCAAGGAAUUAUAAAUCACUCACCUAACAACAAAACUUAAAUGUGAGGUGUUUCUUCCAUCAAAUUGUGGUUUUCAAUCAUUGUAUAUAUUCAAUUUUAGUUAGCAUGACUUUUUGUCUAUAAUAUAAUGUAAUAAUAAUAAUAAUAAUCAUAAUAAUGAUAACAAUAUGCAAUCAUUUUGGGGAAUAAUGUGCAAACUGCUCUUGGUGCAAAGCUUUAUAUACUUCUGAAUAUAACCAUUAAAUUUACACCAACUGUUAAGAGCAUAUUCCUGAGAAUAUAGAAAAACUGAAUUUUUUAUUUCAUUUUGCCAUAGCAAUCCCUUGGACAAAUGUAUUUAAGGAAAAAUAGUUCAAGGUUCCAGUGACUCAUUUCAAGGGAGAAAUUUUCAAAAGUUUGAAACUUCGGUUUUUACCUAAUUGAAUAAUAUUAUGCAAAUCAAGACGGUCAAUGUGCAAAUCAAAGGAGUGUUUUGAAAAAAUAAAAAAAACUAAUGAAAAAAACUUUGAUGUUUUGGGGCAGUCCAUUGCUUCUCGAUAUUCUCAGAAAUAUGUUCCUAAGGUCCCUACAGAAAACUGCCACAAUUAAUAAAUAACAACUAGGAAACAGGAAAUUCAUUUCUUUAAAUAGCAACUACCACAUACAUUAUGAGCUGAUUUAUCAAAAUGCAGGAAAAUCAUAAAUCAUGUUACC